AGAAGCCAUUUUUGCAGAUCCAACAUCCGUGAGUUUUCUACAGGCGGCUUAAAAUUUUCGAUUCAGAGAAAUCGUUUUCUAGCGAAAAAUUAAGCUCUAUUCGUACCGGAAUAUCAUCGUCUAGCUGCCUCGAAAGCUGGUUCGCAUUUUGAACGUAAAGAUAAAGAGUGAUCUUUCGACGUCGUCCAGAAAAGUUGAUUUUUCUCUGAGGUAAGAAUCUCGAAAGAUAAAGCUCACCAUUCUCGAAAGAAAAAAAAAGUUAAACCUUUGAUUAAAGCAGGCGUGUGAAAAAAACGGGAGGAUCAAAUCGAUCCACCAUUGUGAAAUUUUCUGGGACAUUCGUUAUUAGUUGAAGAAAAUGGACUUAAGUUAGUGAAAUAUUACCAUUGUUUACGUAAUCGAAUACGGGUGUUUUGCUCUAAGAGCAAAUUAAGUGCAUAAAAGUUUGUGUUGGAUUAGGUUGUCGAAAUGCGCCCUUGAAAAGUUCGGCAUAUUUCCGGAAGAACAAAGUUUCGGGAACAAUAAGAAGAAGAUCAGUAUGAAAUGGACAUAAAAGUUGUGAGUUUUUUUUUUUUCGUUUUGUUCAAUUAACAGUUUCUUUCGUAUGGUUUAAUUGAUAUUGGCAAAAGUCCCCAUCAACUAAGCAGUUCCAAUUUAAAAACAACGGUUAAUUUUUUUUUCAGAAUUCAAUGUUGAAAAUUGUGGGAUGAAACUAGCAAAAGUUAGCUUCUUUUGUUUGUAAAUAACAUUAAAAUCCCAAAAGACUGUAGAAAAGUUUAAGUGCAAAUGUAGUAGUUUAUUAAAAAACAUAACGAAUCAACAUGAGUUGGUGUUUGUCUAUUGAAAACUGCUCCUGGGAAAGGGAUAUUAAACCCUCUGUGUCCCUGGGAUCAGCCUUGAUAAAUCAUGAUGAAGAAAAUCAAAUUAGUUCACAGAAGGUAAGACGCAGUGAAUUUAAGGGCUCAAUCAUAAAAUAAAUCAAAACAACAUUCAAUUCUAGAGGUUUAAUCAUUUAUAAAAUAAAUUUCCCAAUCUUGUUAAAGGGUUUAUUUAUUUCGGUAAGAACAAAAAAAAAAAAAAUAAAACAAGCAAACCUCAUGCAUCAAAUUGCCUCAACAAUAUCUUAAAAGAUAAAAUAAUUACUAAUCUUUUUCUAGGUACAUUUGGCAUUUUCAUAUCAAAUCUACAGCUAAUUGUUUUUCGACAGUGGGUUGUCAAGUGAAACCCAUCUUAAAAAUUCAACAAACGUGCCAGAACCAAAAUACAUUGCUGUACCAACACGUGAAAAGGAUCUAUCUCCAAAAGUAAACAAAAACCAUUUUCAGUACCUCAUGAUAGGCCAACAGUUGCCCUACUUAACGGUAAAACCCUUUUGAGAAAAUGAUAUUUCGUUACAUUGAAAACUCAAUUUGAGUAAAGGAUCUAUAAACAUUUUAAAACCAGAACUGCCAUCACAUGGAUAUACACCCUUUACUCCGGAACAAUUUUUCGCUACUACUCCGCAAACAAACUCAAAAUCAUCAAUUCGACUCUUUAUUCUACAUAAAAACAUAGUUGCAAAUGUAUGCGAGCUUAUAACUAGAGCUAAAAAUAAGAAAAUAGCAAAGGGUGUAUAAACAGGUUAGACAAAAUAUUACGUGAGCUAGGUUCUAUGUACGAUAGCGCGUUGUUUUUUUCCAUGAAAAUUGAUAUUCCUCUAUUCUAACAUGGGAUGCUUCUUAAAAAUCGUUUGUCUUUCAUAAAAACAAAAAAUUUGAAGUGAUUUUAAUUAGGGAUUUAAAAUAGGUUGUAUUUUCUUCAAACGCGUUUUUCUUGAUACGCUAUAUAUGGAAAUAGAUGCUUUUUAUGUGUUGGUAAAGAUUUGACACUUUAUUCAACAUAAAAUCAUAGUUACAAAUGAACGCGAGCUUAAAACUAAAGCUAGAAAUGAGAAAAUAGCAAAGGGUGUAUAAACAAAGGAGACAAAAUAUAACGUGAGCUAGGUUCUAUCUACGAUAGCGCGUUCGUUUUUCAUUAAAAUUGAUAUUCCUCUAUUCUAACAUAUAGAGGAUGCUUCUAAACAUCGUUUGUCUGUCAUAAAAUGCAAACAUUUCAAGUGAUUUUUAAUUAGCGAUUUAAAAAAGGUUAAAUUUUCUUCAAACGCGUUUUUCUCGAUUCGCCGUAUAUGGAGAUACAUCCUUUUCACGUGUUGGUACAGAUUGGCUUUUUAAAUUACAAUUGCUACGUUUGAUCCUUAAAAUGUCAUAAUCAUGUUAAUUAAAAAAAUUGUUCAGGUCCAUGAUCUGCCAUAAAAAACUGAUUGGACUGACUUAAAUUUUCUGUUUUGCAAAUAGAUAAUGGAAUGAGAUUGAUUAGAACAUCUUCAAAAUUUUAUAAUACAUACAUUUAUAAAAGCCGGUUUCGGACUAAUUUCUCAAGCUUAGUUAUGAAAUUUGUUCAAAAAAUUACGCAACGAAUCAAUUUUAUUUAAUGUAUUCCUCAAAAUUACUGUAGCUUUAGAGUUAAAUAAAGGUAACUGUUGCUUUGGGCACAUUUGGCAUUUCGAUACGAAAAAGUGUGCAAAAAAAACAAAACAUCAAACAUGAAUAUUUACAAAAUUGUAUCUACAAAACUUUUUUUGUAUUAAUUUCCUGUAUCAGAGUUAUAUUCCUGUUUUUUGUAUUCACAUUCAUUAUUUAGCAACGAAAGAUCUCACAAAUCUUUGAGUUGCCCGACUUAACGUUUUGGUUGGGUAGAUACCAACCGCUUGCAUCUUAAUUUCAAGCUAGAAAUGUAGUCCCUAUUUUCUAAUAGGUAUCGAACUAAGGUAAUAGGUAACUAAAUAAAAGUAUAAAUGAAAAAAUGUACAGGAAUAGAAUGGAUUUUACGUCAACAAAUACGCUCCAAGUUUGGGGAAUAAAUUAUUCUAUCAAGGAGAGUGUUUUUAGCCUUUUAAAGGUCUUCCGUAGGUUAAUUUCUAAUAUUAAAAAUAAUCAUGAUAAUGAAAGUAAAGGCAAUUUGAUAAAACUUCUGCUCAAAUUAAGCUGUGUUUCAUUUAUUUACAAUACAUCAAAGCGUGUAAAAACACUGAACGUCGCACAGUCGCCUAACAGUAGAAAACCAGUGUUGAGUGCGGUUUUUAAUCGCAUAUUGUCUCGUUCCAGCCUUCGCAAUGGACAGCGAUGAUUCCCGACCCGGUUCAUCAGCUUCAAAUAGUUCUUCGAACUCGGACAAUCCGGUCGCGAAGAAAGAUCACAGCGAUGGGGCCACAGGAGAACGUCGCUCGAGGUCCCGAUCGCGAUCACGGUCUCCGCAUUCUCGGUCCGAAUCUCGAUCGCGAUCCCGUUCGAGGUCUAACAGCUUGGCGUCUGGUUCAUCGAGACCGAAUAAACGGCAGCAGCUGAGUAGUCCACCAUCAAGUCCAAAAAACUACGAUGAUCCUCCGUCGCGGUCUAAUUCACCGUCAUUCCGCAGUGCGGAAAAUUCACGCAAUUCGCUCCCGAAAUCCACUCGUAGCCGUAGUCGCAGCGUGACACCUGACGAGACAUUGGGACGAUAUAAUCGUUCUCGUUCAGGAUCAAAUCAUUCGGAUGGCUCCUCGAAACGCCAUCGUAGGCUUUCGCGGCAUUCAAGUGGUUCAAAUUUGAGUGAAAAACUCAAGGGAGAAGAGAUUUCCGAUUGCGAGAUGGAAUCCGAUCGGGAAGAUAAGGAUAAAAGUCGGGAUGAUGAAAAGCAAGAUGAUCGGAAUUUAUCAAUGGGUCAUGGAACGAGUCAUGUGAAAGAUACCCUUGAUAUGAGCCACGAAGAUCUCAGUGACGUGAGCUUGGAGAGUGAAAACGAAAAUGACGACGUUGUGAAAGAUAGCGAUCACGAAAGUGAGAAAGAAGAGCGCGAGGAAGAAGAUCAUGAAGAGGAACGCGUCAAGAGCAAACCAGAAUCAAUGGUUGAUGAGUCUGAAAGACGUGAUUCAGAUAAAGGAAAAAUAACAGAUUUAAGGCAAAAGUUGGAAGAGAAGAAAAAUCAACAACGAAACAAUGAAGAUAAACAGACAAAUGGUGCCCGAGGUCACGACAGUUUAUUAGAAGAUGACAAAAACGAUGAAGAUGCAUUGGACUUUGAAGCAGAAGAAGGCGAAUGUAACGAUCCUCCCAAAGAAGUUGAAAAGACGGAAACUGGGAAAAUACCAGUUAAGGCUCCUGAAUCAGACAAAAAGAAGAAAAAAGCAUCGGAUGAUGAGUUAGAGGAAGGAGAAGAACUGGAAGAGGGAGAAGUUUCGGACGAGGACGAAAAAAGACCGGAAGAAACCGAACCUAAGCCUCUUUGUCGAUUUUACACUCGUGGCCAGUGUACUUGGGGCAUGAGUUGUAGAUUUUUGCACCCUGGAGUUACCGAUAAAGGUAACUACACCAUGUUCGAUAUGGUUCGUCCGGUUCCUAUUUCGCAUCAACCUCCACCGUACGCAGCACACCCUAUGAUGUACCCGCCAGAUUAUCGCAUUGAGCGCCCUCCAAUGCAUCACAUGGCUUCUUACCAUUCUGGAGGCUACGGAGGUCGGGCACCACCUGAAGCUUUGCCACCUCAGACAAGAUCAUCGGAACCGAUGGCUGAAAGUGCUUGGGAACGGGGAUUGCGUACUGCAAAAGAAAUGAUGCGCAAAGCAACCAAGCGCAAGGAACAGGACAUUGAUUUUGAGGACAAAAAGAUGAAUCUAUCUUUAACACAAGAUGAAAUGGAGAAGGACAAUUACUACAACAGAGCAUCUCCUGAGUCCCCAACAUUCGCGCCCGCCCGACCGGUGUCAGCUGGGUAUGAUUAUCCCCAAGGACCUGCUCGAUUCUCUCGAGCAGGACCUACAGCUGAAGAAGACCAGUUCGGCAGAACACAACGCUAUAGAGAGCUACCAUCGCACAGGAUGCCCCAAUACGGAGACGAAGAUGUUUCCAAGAAUCGAAACCGCGCUACGACUCGUGAAGUUAUUGUCCAACGUGCGGAUGAGUGGAAUGAUCCAUGGAUGCGUUCUAAAUCUCCCGGUCAUGAUAAACGAAAUACUCGGCGAGAACGUCGUAGCUAUAGCAAAAGCUCCUCUUAUUCAAGCUCCAGCAGCAGCUCUCGGUCCGGCUCAAGUUCCGAUUCUAGCCGUUCACCUUCUCCGAACAGCAGGCGACAUCGUUAUGAUAGCCAUCGAUCCAAAGAGAGCGAUAGAAAUGCUACUCACAUUCGGAAGGUUAUCCGAACACGAUCGCCCAGUGCAAGUCCCCGCCGAAACAAAUACUCCCCACAGGCACGCAAAACGUCUCCGCUGACAAAGAAACGCAACCCUUCACCAAUCCCGGACAAACGGGUCAUAGAAAAAGCCGUUUCGAGGAAGGAUAGAUCAAAGAAACCAUCACCAAUACGCAAAGUUUCGACUGACAAACGUCGUCGGCGUUCCAGCUCGUCUGGUUCCGGUUCGUCUGAUUCAAGCGAUUCCGGUUCGGAAAGCUCGUACUCAUCGAGCUCUUCAACAUCGUCGCGCGGUAAAGCAGCUGCAAAGAAAUCCAAGACUUCUGAAAAGACGUCCAAAUCAUCGUUGUCUGCGGCUAUAAAGAAGGGUUCGGAUAUGAAAAAGUCCAGCGAUUCCAAACCGAAUGCACAAGUAGUUCCGCCGUCCAGCGCCGCAUUAGAAAAAGCCGCUGCCAAUGCAUCGAAGAAAUCCUCCCGACGGGAAGAAUUGCUCAAACAACUUCGUGCUGUAGAAGAAGCGAUCGCACGAAAGCGCACCAAAAUAGCCUGAACCCCUCAAAAAAAGCAAUCGUUUUAGAAUGCCGACGAUUUAUUCCAUUAAUUUUCAAAGCUGACAGCUUUUCGCCCACAUCAAUGUAGUGUUAACAUAAACUAUCUCAUUUGUCCCCACUAACUAUAUGUGAGGCACUUUUGACACUAAAACCACACCUUAUCAUUCUGCUAGAUUUUAAUCGUACCGUUAACUUAAAGGUUUAACGCCUUGGUAUUUCGCUGUAGAGUUGUUCAUGAGAAUACGCGGUAUUUAUGCGUAUAGUUUUCUACAGAUUGAACACGUGCAUAAAUCUGUUUGCUAGUAUUGUAAAGGGACAUUGUAUAAGUUGGAAAACAACAGCAGUGGAGAAACAGAAAGAAGAAUAACUUAAUCUUUCAUCCGUAUGUCGUGUUACCUACGACCAAACAUCUUUAUCUCUGUUUUCUUGAAUUAGAAAUAGAUAAAGCAUAAAUAGUGAUAUAUCUUUAAUAAAACAUUGGAAACACAA